AUGUGGUCGUUUGCUUCAUUCGCUGCGUUUUUUAUUCUAACGAUUCUUAUUUGUGCUCCAUCAGACAUUUCAGCAGAUUGUCCAUCUUGUUGUCAUGAUAAUACCGGAUGCAAUACAGCCUAUAACGGUCGUCCAGGUCAAUGUUGUGGAUCAGGAUUCCUGCGAUUCUGUUGUCCGACAAGUACAAGUUGUGGUUCAUAUCCCUACUGUAUCCAAGAUCGAUAUUGGGGACAUUUUACCCUUGGUCAAUUAAUCGGUCUUAUUGCUGGUAUUAUUUUUGUGAUCGUUUUGCUCCUUUCGAUAUGCGGUAUUCUAUGUCGACGCUACCAAAAGCGGGGUGCAACGGCUUCUGCUCGUGUUAUAACUUUGCCAUCAACACCAGCCAACAAUUAUGGAACUUGCCCGCCACCUCCACCAUACAAUCAAAAUACUACGAAAUAA